UCUUCCUAUGCUUUUAAGGAAGCACUGUCUAGUGCAGAAAAUAACAACAAAUAAAAGUGCCAUUAGUCCUCCUUUCUACCACUUCCUUUUCAGUCCUGUAGGAAACAAAUAGACAUACACAAUGCUUCAACUGCUUUAACUUCCAACGGUUUGCAACAGGGUUCAUGGGACGUGUAACUGGAAAGUAUUCUUGCUGUCAUCACUGGGCAUGCUGCUACAAGGAAGAAUCUCAACUGCAUCUAGGGCAGUUUUCUGAGUCAUUAAAAUCAGCUCACAGGAAAAAACGGCUGUAUUUCAUUAGCACUAGACAUUUUUAUCUCAGUAAAUCUAAAAACUUACUGGGAUUUAUAAUAGUGGAAUCAUUAUGCAGUUUUGCAUAUAUGAAGCGGAACAUAAUAAAUAUUCUAUUAAGCUAUUUUCAGAAAACAUCGUUUCAGUUGUUAUUUUUAGCGUUAUGGGAUCCUCAUUCCAUUGCAUCGUCAAUAAAAAUAUAUGAUCUCUGUAGAAAUUCAGAAUUUUCUCCUUCAAUCUACAUCCCAAUAAUGCUGCUUGCUAUUUAAAUAUCAUUAUUCUAUGCUAAGGAAUAUUAGGAGCCUCUAGCAGCUCCAGCCCCUACUGGUGCAUUCCCUACUGCUUGGCUGCUGGAGUCCAGUCCAGAGUGUGGGAGCCUCAGUGUUUGAUAGAUGUAUCUGCUGCUUUCAUCUCCUAGAGAGACACAUACCCAUGCUCAAAGGACAUGGACAUGGCUGGCUACAUGGAUGCCACUGCCUUCACCAGCACCUGCACAUGGGGCUCACAGGAGACACAAGUACAGGUUGCUCCUGGCAGGGACAGAAGGUCAGCAGGGUAGGAUGCUCAUGACUUUCUCUCCAUGUUCACGUUUGUGCAUUCCUGAAGCACCGUCAUGGCUCCUCUGUACCUGCAGCACCCUUGCCCAGAUUGCUGGCCUCUUACUGAGCCCACAGGUCUCCCACUUGCUGGCUGGCCCAGCUUGAGGUUUGGCAGUGAACACCUGCACUCCCACACACACAGUUUGGGGAGGGUACAGACAUUUGCCCCUGGCAAUCAGUGUGCCCACCAGCCUCCUUUUAAACAGGAAUGGCCACUUUGGCAGCCUCCAUUGUCCACUCCUCUUUUGUGUUCUUCCCCAACUCCUCCUGCAUUUGCACGGUCAACCUGCCAACAUCCUGGAGCCUUGGCUUUACACCCCCAACGACUGCAAAGUCCUGGUUUGCCUGUGGUUUCUCAGCAGCUCAUCAGUGUGAAAAGUAAAGUCUACUUCAGUGAAGGUCAAAUGUCUUUUCAUUUCCUUAAUCUCUGAAAUGAUGACAUCUAGUGGUGGAUGCUUUUCAUUUCAAGAAAUGGAAAUUUGGGAGUCAAUCUCUGCGGAAGACUACAUUUAUUCCAUCCCCACAGUACUUACUUAACAUUUUAUAUUCUAUGGCUAGACUAGUCCUUAUGUACUAAGGUUAUUCUGACAUUAAAUCAUCAUUCCUUGCUUUUUGGCUGACAGUUCUAGGAAAUACAGUUAGACAUCAAUUAGUAAUAAAAAAGACCUUUUCAGCCAGGAGAACACUUGUCAAAAUGUGAAGCCUUGAGUUCUUCUGGAAUGAAAUGGAGAAAAGAUAAAAAUCACAACUUCAUGCUCCAAUAAAAAAAGUAACAUUUACAAGAGAUUGGGAUGUUGCUUGUCAAAGACAGGUUGCUAAGGUGUGAAUCAAAUGUUGAAUGCUCAGGAACUGAGUUGUGCUUGUGAUGCACUACUGAAAGGCAUUUGGAAAAGCAGCCAUGGGAAAACGAUGAUAUUUUUAGUAAAUGGAACAAUUUCUGGAGUGCUGCUUGCAGUGAGAUGUGAAAGGAUGAAGCAAUGCAGGUGCAUGGGAAGGUCAUGGCUCAUUUCUUAACUGAAAGGGUCUGGAGCAGCAGAGAUGCAAGAGAAAAAUUGUUACCAUAUGGAAAUAGUACAGAUGCUGAUAAUAAUAUAAGCUAUAAUGGGGGGGGGAUGAGAAACAAGAGUAGUCAAGAGGACACUUUGAAACGUUUGGUGCUGGAAGGGGAGGAGGAAUACAUCUGCUCUCGAGGAAGCACUGUAAUGGAUGAUGCCUGUAAAGGACAUGGCCGAGUAACAUCGGCCUAGAGAGACACGGCAGGAGGAGCUCUUGCAGGACUGACAGAACACCAGGCAGAAUGCUUUUGGCAGCCCUUCAAAGUCUGGUUCUUCUGCCCGUGUCUCUGGGGAGGUGCAGCCAGCUAUCCCACCAGAUGAACUCCAUGCAGUCCCGGUAGCUACAGCCACAAUCAGCCUUGGGACCAGGAGCAGGAAGGCUGCCGUGGUGACAGCGCAGGUAGCAGAGACGCAAGCAGCCCCGGGCUCCGUGUGCCAGCCCCCACAGCCCAGCGCAGCUCAGGGGCGCUCCCGCCGGGCGGGGCCCGCAGGCGGCCCGAGGGUCGCUCCCUGCGGCGCGGCCGAGCCGCCAGCCGGGACAGGGCCGCUGUGGGCGCGGCUCGGCUGCAGAGGCGGGGCCGGGCCCCUCACGGGCCCUCCCGCCCGGACAGCGAGGGAAAGCGGGCAGCACAACGCCUUUGGGCUGCAGGGAGGCGCAGCAGCUGAGACGAGCUGCCCGUCUGUGGUGAGCAGCGUGAGUAGCGAGAAAAGAAGUGGGAAAGGAUUGGAAAUGAGGAAAUGACAGGGAUUGGUAUGUCCCAUCCCUUACGUGCAUCUAUAGAAACUGGUGCUGUGUGAUGCUGCAGCAUAAAUAUGGGGCUGCGACCCUGAAAUGAUGGCCAGGCUAUGGGGCUGCACUGCUGAGAGAAGCCAUGGUCAGCGCAGAUGAGUGCCACAUCAGCCACAAGCUGUGCCUUGACACCGGCACCUGGGCCUGAGCAAGAGGAGCAAGAGAGCUCGGAGACACAUAUGUCUGUUCUGUGGUAUGCAGGGCAGCUGGCAAUUACUUACUAUGAUACAGAAGAUUGUUCAGUCUACUUCAUGCCUGACAUACCUGAUAAUGAAGACCUCAAGCUACUGCAAAAAGUGAUUGGGGAACUUAACCCUCAGUGCAUAGUGACCAGUGCAAAACAGGACCAGAAUAUUGCCAAAUUCCUGACCAACCUAACAGCUACUGCUGGUGAUAAAGACAUAGGAAAACCAGAAAUUGUCCUGUUUCCCAACAUAGAUUUUGGUCUAGAAGUCAGCAAGCAACGGAUCCUGUCUAGGCAAUUUCCAUUUAUCCCAUCUCAUAUGACUGCCACAGAGAAAAUUCUCUAUUUGUCCUCAAUCAUCCCUUUUGAGAGUCCACUCAUGAUACGAGCCUUAGGGGGCCUCCUUAAGUUUCUAGACAGAAGAAGGAUUGGAGUUGAACUCGAAGACAGCAGUAUAGCAGUUCCUAUUUUGGCCUUUAAAAAAUUUGUGCUGUCAGAUACUGUGAAUAUGGACCAAGACACUUACUGUGUCCUGCAGAUAUUUAAAAGUGAUAUCCAUCCUUCUGUGUACAAGCUAUCCAGUGGACUAAAAGAAGGAUUUAGCUUAUUUGGAAUUUUAAACCGUUGCAGAUGCAAAUGGGGAGAAAAACUGCUGAGGUUGUGGCUCACACGACCUACCCGGAACCUGACAGAGCUGAACAAACGGCUGGAUGUUAUCAACUUCUUCCUGCUAGCUCAGAACCAUGAAACAGUCCUCACUCUUCAAAACUGCCUCAAGAAUAUUAAAAAUGUGCCUCUUAUUUUAAAGAGAAUGACUCUUUCCAACACAAAAGUUAGUGACUGGCAAGCACUGUAUAAGACAGCGUACAAUGCAGUGUGCCUUAGAGACACGUGCCGUUCUCUGCCCAACACCAUUGAACUUUUUCAGACUAUUUCACGUGUCUUCACUGAUGAUCUGCACUACAUUGCUAACAUGAUCAGUAAAGUGGUAGACUUUGAAGGCAGCCUCUCAGAGAACCGCUUCACUGUUAGACCCAAUGUAGAUGCCUCGAUUGAUGAGAAGAAACGAAAGCUGAUGGGACUGCCAGACUUCCUUACAGAAGUGGCAAGAAAAGAACUGGAGGCUUUGGACAAUCAUAUUCCCUCCUGUUCUGUAAUCUACAUUCCUUUGAUUGGGUUCCUUCUCUCCAUUCCACGCCUACCAAAUAUGGUGGAAAAGACUGACUUUGAAAUGGAAGGCUUGGACUUCAUGUUCUUGUCGGAGGAUAAACUGCACUACAGAAGUGCCCGGACCAAGGAGCUAGACAGCCUGCUGGGUGACUUGCACUGUGAGAUCAGAGACCAGGAAACACUCAUCAUGCACCAGCUGCAGACAAGGAUCUUGGAGAAGUCUGAAGUACUUAACAGCGUGAUUGAGUACACUGCGCACCUGGAUGUGCUGCUAGCCUUGGCAGCGACGGCCCGGGAGAACGCCUAUUGCCGACCUUGCUUUACUGACCGCCACGGUUUCCACAUCAAGGACGGAAGGCAUCCACUCAUGGAACUGUGUGCAAAGACUUUCGUGGCCAAUCCUGUGGACAGUGGUGAGGCUACCAAACGAAUAAAAAUCAUCACAGGGCCCAACUCUUCUGGAAAGAGUGUUUACUUAAAGCAAGUAGGUCUUAUAGUGUUCAUGGCUCUAAUUGGCAGUUAUGUCCCUGCAGCAGAGGCAGAGAUUGGAGUAAUUGAUGGGAUUUACACAAGAAUCCACAGCAGGGAAUCAGUUUCUGUAGGGCUCUCCACGUUCAUGAUUGAUCUUAACCAGGUUGCUAAGGCUGUAAACAAUGCCACAGAGAGGUCCCUGGUACUUAUUGAUGAGUUUGGUAAAGGCACCAACACACUGGAUGGCCUAUCCCUUCUGGCUGCUGUCCUGAGGUACUGGAUCAGACAAGGAACACAGUGUCCACAGGUCUUUGUGUCCACUAAUUUUCACAGUUUAAUGCAGUUAGAACUCCUGCCUGACACACCUCUUCUGGAGUACCUGACUAUGGAGACCCAGCAGGAUGGAGAGGAGUUGGUAUUUUUCUACCAGAUCAAACAGGGCAUGUCCACCAUUAGUCAUGCUGCCAAUAUUGCUGCAUUAGCAGGAAUGCCAGCCAAAAUUAUUGAAAGAGGAGUGGAAGUAUCAGAACUGAUUCGCAAUGGAAAACCUAUUAAAAGUCUUGAUCAUCCUUCAAAAUGUGAUAGGAUGGAAAAAUGCAAGUCUGUUGUGGAAAAAUUUCUUUGCAUAGACCUUGACGAUCCCCAAGUGGAUUUGGAAGAGUUCAUGUCUAAAGAGGUGUUACCUUCUGCAGCCUCAGUCCUGUAGCAAGGGUAUGUAUAAAUACACAGACUGCAUCAUUACCAUGGAGAGACUGGUACUUUAAAGAAUGAUCACUAUGACAUGACACCUCACAGGACAUUUAGUUCGUAACAAACUGUCUCUAGUUAAGUACUUCCUCCUUCUUCUUGUUUAAACCAAGUACUUAGAUAUCCCUGCAAUAUGGUGCAUCAUAUGAGUGUAUGAAGAGGAAGAAUUUUAAGAACCUCUUCCAGCUGUUGGGUCACUCAGUUUGUGCAUUUUCUGUCCCUGUUGCUGGAACCUCCCGUUAAAAAAAUAUACUGAAGAAAAAUCCCAACACAUUUCUACUGGUCUUAGAGGACUGUGAAAGGAAUGUGUUUAUUGUUUCAUAUUGUGCCAAAAUGAUGGAUUCAGCCAUUUUAGGAUCAGCAUAAAAAUUCCAAAUAAAUAUGUGGCUCAGACUCUUGUACCAACAAUUAACAGUUGUCACAAUACAAACCACUGACAUAAAGGCUGGCCUAAGUGGCAAUGCAGAGGGAUUUAAUGGUUCUGUGGCUUUUCUUACAC